AUGGCCUGGCAUGCAAGAACCCUUCUUCAGUGGACUGCACUUAGUAACACAACCAACCCUUUUGGCACCGUUGUGACUCCAGUUACUGUGGCUCAAUUAGCAAGACUCGACACUCUUGGAAUCUCAAUGGUUCGCAUUGAUAUUGAACUAUGGGGAAAUGUCCCUCCUCACACUCACCCCCGGGCCACUGAAAUCAUAACAGUUCUUGAAGGAACCCUUCAAGUUGGGUUCGUCACCUCCAAUCCCGACAAUAACCAAAUUACUAAGGUCCUUCAAAAGGGCAACGUCUUUGUUUUCCCAGUGGGACUUAUUCACUUCCAUCAAAAUGUUGGAAAGGUAAAUGUUGUGGCAAUUCUUGCAUUGAGCAUCAAAAUUCAGGAGUGA